CGUCGUGUUUGCUUUGUUGUCUUUGUACUCUCUUCUCGUUUUUUAGCUACGGUUCUAGGUCUGUUAGUGAUAUUUACUUGAAGGGGCUUGGCUCUGCCACUUGAUUACACUGGUUUCGGUUAGUUGCGUAGUUAUCUGUGGGUUUAUGCAUCCUGUAAUCUGAGUGCGAUUGUCUGAGGCUGAUAAGGUCUGAAACCAGCAGUCAUCACAUUACUAGAAUUUGCUUAAUUGUAGUGUGCAAAGCAUUGAAAAGGGAACUUUUUCCGGAAGAAGAAAAAGAGAAAAAUAAUUCGAAGCAGUAAUUAAACAAAUUAUUGACAAAAACAUGAACAAACAGAAGUGUAAAUACAACAAGUAAACAUAGUAAGUUAUGAGAUAGGAAUAGGCUGAUUUAUUUCUGCCAUCAGCCUAUAACAUGUGGUAGUAAUAAUGGCAAAUGGGUUAGACAUGUCUUGGGUACACCCAUUCCGAGUGGGGAGUAGUAAUCCAUGAGUGUGCACGUGGUUGUAAACACUCUUGAAACUAUCACACGAGGAGGCUCUAGUCACCUCGGCUAGGAGAGCAAUCCAAAUAAAUUCAACCCUUAAUGAGGAAGAGUAAUUUUCUGCUUGAUUUUGUUUUCUUUGGUAUGCAAUUUUUCGGUGGUUGCCUGGCGGACCGUGGUGAUGAGGUUUUGGUAGUAUGCUUAUGUUGAUGUUGCUUGGCAUAUUUACUAUUCCUUAUUCCAUCAUCGGGUCACCUCUUGUCUUCCUGCAGCUCAACGAGAAUAAUUCAACGUGUUGAAGUCUACCUUCGUAAGAUUUGCUCCUCAAUCCUACCACCCGCUUUCUUGCCCCUUCUCUUCAUUUAUUCGAAUAGACAUCUUUUCCAGAGUGAGAAUGCACUGACGUAACAAACUUCGAGCUUAAGUCGUGCGAAUGUUUUAUAGUGCUAGAAAUAAUUUUGGGGUGAUAGCACCAAGCCGUUUUCGUAAAAAAUGAAGAGUUGCAUUUGCUCUGACUGCAUCCCCAAUGUGGUUCGUGUUAGUGUUCAAGCAAACCUAAGUAUUGUGAUUCAAAGUCAAAUAGGUUGGAUCGCGCAAAUCCUUCCUUUACUCAUCUGAUCAUGAUGUUAUAACUAGGCGUCCACUUCUUGUCUCGUUUUAUCCUUGUUAGUUUUAAAUCUUUGCUCGUUUCCACUUCAUGACUUUUAUAGCUUUUUUGGCAUCUUGAUCCAGUGAACUAUUAUGUGACGUCCUACGUUUUUGUAUUUCAUUUCAGUUUUAGAUUGUUAUUGGCUAUUCACAUUCCUCCAAGUGGUUAGUAACUGUUUAUAAUGGGCAAAAAACAGCAUCAGAAAGAUAAACUGUAAGUUGUCUUUAUAAUUAUUUAACUGUACACAUGUGUAACGAAGUUAUAUUACAUGUACAGAGUGGAGUACAUUGUAUGGUGGAAAACGUGCUACUGAGAGUGGUAGACAAUUUAAACGUCUUCCAUUUCACUGCUGCAGGUGAGUAGGAAAUUUGUCUUACAGACUAUUUCGUUAACCACUAUUGGUUUUUUUUCACUUAAGCAUCUCCUUUCAACCCUUUUUAAACCCAUAUUGUACAAAAGAGGGAAUAAUUUUCGACUUAGAGAAUAUUUUACCGUUUUUGAAAAAGUAUGGUAUUAAUCCUGUUACUGGGUUGAAAAUGAAAAUGAGUGAAUUAAUUAAGUUAAAUUUUCAUCGAAAUUCUGAUGGGAAAUUUCAUUGCCCUGUAACAUUCAAGGUAUUUAAUGAAAAUACACACAUUGUUGCAAUUAAGCCAACGGGGAAUGUAUACUCUUUUGAUGCUGUUCAACGUUUGAAUUUAAAGGCGAAUAAUUUUCUUGACUUACUCAAUUCUGAAUCAUUUACAAAAGAUGAUGUCAUCACAAUACAAGAUCCUACACAACUGGAAAAGUUUAAUAUUUCCGCUUUUUAUCAUGUGAAAAAUAAAGAAGAACAGCAAAAUGAAGGCAAUGUAGUAGUUAUACGUUCCUUAAAUCAAGAAACCAAAGAAACUUUAGCUGAAUUGCCGAAAGAAAUCUCAGUACCAGACUAUAUGUAUUCAACUAGGAAAACUUCACUAGACACAGGAAAAAAGCGUGACGUUUUUAAUACAGCUACUUAUUCAACUGGUCGAGCAGCGGCUUCACUUACGUCAACUGUUAUGGAACCAGUAACAAAAAUUGAACCGGCGAUUCUCGAAGAUGAUAUAGUCCGAUACAAAUAUGUGAAAAAGAAAGGCUACGUCAGUUUGGUUACAUCACACGGAAAGUUAAACCUUGAGUUGCAUUGCGAUUUGGUCCCCAAAACGUGUGAAAAUUUCCUACGUCAUUGUUCUACAGGUUACUAUAAUGAUACAAGUUUUCAUAGACUAAUUCGCUACUUCAUUGUUCAGGGAGGUGAUCCAAGUGGCACUGGGUUUGGUGGUGAUUCAGCAUGGGGUGGAUCUUUUGCAGACGAGUUCGUUCCUAAUUUAAGUCAUGAUACACGUGGUAUUGUAUCUAUGGCUAAUUCUGGACCGAAUACUAAUCGAUCUCAGUUCUUUAUUACUUUCCGAAAGUGCAAGCAUUUGGAUCGUAAGCAUACUGUAUUUGGCAAGGUCGUUGGAGGUUUAGAUUUCUUGGGAAAAAUUGAAAUGAUGGAAACCGAUAAAGAUGAUCGACCUUUGGAAGAUAUACAAAUCAUAAAUUGUGAAGUUUACGUCGAUCCAUUCAAGGAUGUUGAUGAAAUGUUAAGUAAAGAACGUGCUAAUUACAGUGAAGAAAUAAACACCGAUAACGCUGAUAAAAACGUACAUCCGAAGCCGGGUAAUCGCCGGGAGGAGGAAGCUCUGGAAGCUGCUGAACGUGCUAAACGCAACAAACAAGAUGGAAUUGCAAAACAAGUGUAUCGAACAGGUGUUGGUAAAUUUAUUCAUGAUGUAGAUCAAUUUGACACUAAAGCUAUCACCAAUAAGCACGGUAAAGAUAUUGAUUCUAGUCUACAGAUGAAUGAAGAUGUUUUACGUAAGAAGCAGAAACUUUUAUUAAAGUCACAGUUAACUGACUUCUCUUCAUGGUGAUAUUAUUUUUCGAUGGAUUUUUGUAUAUUAUCAAAGAUAUUUUUUUCCUUACCAAA